GUUACUUUGAAGGGGAAAUCCGCCUGUUGCACGCUUCGUUGGCUGAUAAUUCAUGACUGGAUCACAUUCACGUUUGGAAGCUCAUUUGGCAGCAAUAUGAGAUUGAGGUGUCUCAAGAAUAUCCCUCCACCUAGAGAGCACAGUGAGAGAAGAGGAGGAAGGGGGGGAGGGAGCGGAAAUGGAAAACAAAGUUACUCGAAGACGGAAGACUCUGUACCUUCGGGAACUUCUUCAAACAUCGGAGUAUGGAUCAUCUAACUUUUCUUAUUAUUUUUUAUACCCCAGCGAAGAGGUGAGCGAUGAAUCACUAGCUACUUCAUGACUUGGAAAGAGGUAGAUAUUGAGACGGGCAACGACCUACUUAGACCUCACACCACGCAUUAGCAGUAAUAUAACCAUUAAGAGGC